AUGUUGUUCAGAUCGGUUAUACGACAAGGUGUACAAAAGCGAUGCUAUUCCGCUUCCUCGGUGAAUGGAGGAGGAUCCGCUUAUUAUCGAUACGGCACCCCCAUCGUCAAGUGCACCGUAGUGGCAUCGGCCACAGCAUUAGCUUGGCAACUACUUUGGCAACAUUUAGAAUACCAAGAAUAUCGUGAGGAGGCUGAAGAUCAGAUCACACAACUGGAAAACAGGAUUAAGAGCCUUGAACAGAGCAAAGAAAAAUAA